AUGGAAAUGGAAAUGAAGAAAUCGAAAUUUAAGAGGAUUUGCGUGUUUUGUGGUAGUAGUCCAGGAAAGAAAAGCAGCUAUAAGGAUGCUGCUGUAGAGCUUGGAAAAGAAUUGGUAUCAAGAAAUAUUGACCUGGUUUAUGGAGGAGGGAGUAUUGGUUUAAUGGGGUUAAUUUCUAAAGCUGUUUUCAAUGGUGGCUGCCAUGUGAUUGGAGUUAUCCCCAAGACACUCAUGCCUCGAGAGAUCACUGGAGAAACAGUAGGGGAAGUGAAGGCUGUUGCUGAUAUGCACCAAAGGAAGGCUGAAAUGGCUAGACAUUCAGAUGCUUUUAUUGCUUUACCUGGUGGUUAUGGGACCCUUGAAGAACUUCUUGAAGUCAUAACCUGGGCCCAACUUGGCAUCCAUGACAAACCGGUGGGAUUACUGAAUGUGGAUGGAUAUUACAACUCCUUGUUGUCGUUCAUUGACAAAGCAGUAGAGGAAGGCUUCAUUAGUCCAACUGCACGCCAUAUAAUAGUAUCCGCCCCUACCUCACGAGAGUUGGUCAAGAAAAUGGAGGAGUAUUUUCCAAGACAUGAAAUAGUGGCCUCAAAGCUAAGCUGGGAGAUUGAACAGUUAGGCUACCCUCCACAAUGUGACAUCUCCAGGUGA